AUGGACCUGCACAGACUGGAGAAAUGGGCUGGAAGAAAUCUCACAAAGUUCAACAGAGGACAGCACAAAGUCCUGCCCCUGGGGAGGAACAGCCCCUGGCACCAGGACGUGCUGGGGGCCAACCAGCUGGGAAUGAGCUUUGCUGAGAAGGACCUGGGGGUUCUGGUGGACACCAAGCUAAGCGUCACGGUGCUGGGGACGCCCAGGGAAGAGCAAGGAGGGGGCAAAAUAGACCUGAUAAAGGCUGGAGCGUUUGACGACCUGGACGUGGUUUUCAUGGCGCACCCCUCGCAAGAGAAUGCGGCUUACCUGCCCGACGUGGCCGAGCACGAUGUGACUGUGAAAUACUAUGGAAAAGCUUCUCAUGCUGCUGCUUAUCCUUGGGAAGGAGUUAAUGCAUUAGAUGCUGCCGUUCUUGCAUACAACAAUCUGUCUGUUUUAAGACAGCAAAUGAAACCGACCUGGAGAGUUCAUGGUGUAAUAAAAAAUGGUGGUGUGAAACCUAACAUCAUUCCUUCUUAUGCUGAACUUGAGUUUUACUUGCGUGCCCCUUCAAUGAAAGAUCUUUCUGUUCUGACAGAGAAGGUUGAGAACUGCUUCAAAUCUGCAGCACUGGCCACAGGAUGCAAAGUGGAAAUAAAAGGUGGUGAAAAUGAUUACUACAACGUGCUUCCAAAUAAGAGCCUGCAGAAGGUUUACAAGGAGAAUGGAAAGAAGCUUGGAAUAGAGUUUAUAUCAGAAGACUGCGUCUUGAAUGGUUUGUCAGGUUCCACGGACUUUGGAAACGUUACGUUUGUAGUCCCUGGGCUUCAUCCUUAUUUUUAUAUUGGCUCUGAUGCAUUGAAUCAUACUGAGCAGUACACAGAAGCUGCUGGGUCACAGGAUGCUCAGUUCUAUGCUUUGCGCACAGCGAAAGCUUUGGCGAUGACAGCACUGGAUGUCAUUUUCCAGCCAAGUCUGCUGGAAGAAGUCAGGGAAGACUUCAGACAGGUGAAGCUAAAAGAAGAGGGGCAAAUAAAUCCAGUAGAAUCUAACAAAGGAUCUGGCGUUGGCAUAGGAGCAUGCGCAUCACACUAA